GAAGGUGACCAAUUACCUGGUCUAUCUGGCCAUGUCGGCCGCGGCGACCUGCUACGGCUACGACGACGUGGCCAGCACCGCUCCCUACGUCGUGGGGCUGCAGGAUACCAAGAGUGGCUGGUGCCGCAUGAGGUCCGCCAUCAACCCGCUUGGGAAUCAAUCUGUGACACUGCCAGCGGAUACGCAAUUGUUGAACCUGACGCAUUGGUUGGUCUAUUCGAGUUCCUCCUUGGCAGAACAAAGCACGCCGGCCACGGUGCUCAUUGAGGACCACAAUGCCACGGUGGGGACCAUCAGCUUUGUCGGGACGGAUCUGAAUAUGGACGUGGUAAAUGGCAGCCUAGUUUGGCAAGAACCCGCAGACCUUCAUUGCUUGGAGACCUUUGUGGUGUACAUUGCCGCGGAUGCCUUUGGAACGGGCCGAUCUCUGUUGGGCGAGAGCCCUGUGGGCAGCAACCAGUUGGAG